AUGGGCGACGCGAUCCGCGCCGGCGACAUGCCGGCCCAGGAGAUGGCGUUCUCGACGUGCACGGCCAAGCAGGGGGAGCGCGCCCAAGGGUGCAAGGCGGAACAUGCUCGCGACAUGGCGCGCGGGCCGGUGCCGGAGUUCGCCAGGCAGGGGCGGCAGAACCAGCGGUAUGCGGAGACGGGGGAGCGGCUGGUGGCGGGCUGCAUCCCGCUGCGGCGGGGCGAGGGGGACCAGGUGGAGGUGAUGGUUAUCACCUCCCGGGGCGGGAAGGGCUGGGUGUUCCCCAAGGGCGGGUGGGAGGUGGACGAGGACAGCUGCACGGCGGCGAAGCGGGAGACGGUGGAGGAGGCGGGGGUGCGGGGCGAGCUGGGGGAGCAGCCCAUCGGAGUGUUCCACUUCCACUCGGGGAAGCAGGAGCGGAGACAGCAGGCGGACAAGGGUCGGUGCAUCGCGCAUAUUUACGCAAUGAAUGUCGACGAGGAGCUGGCGGUUUGGCCGGAGAGUCGGGAGCGAAAACGGAAGUGGUGCUCGGUGCAGGAGGCAGCCGAUAUGCUCCGGCACGCCUGGAUGAAGGAGGCGCUCGCGGAGUGGGCCAGGCAGAACGGCUUGACGGUCGUGCUGCCCGCGCCACCGUGA